AUGUCGUCGCAAGAUAUGAAUGCGCUACUGCACGCAAUGCGUGUGCAGAUAGCGGAAUUAACCUCGCAGCUCGCCGAGAUACAGGCCAACCCCCCUGUAGCAACCCCCUCGGUAGAGAAAAAGUUUAACAAGAAAGUCGAAUUCCUCCAGAUUUGGGUCAAGGCGAACUGGGACGCUUUCGCCGACGAUUUUGAGGUAGCCACUGCGGUGCUAUCUCGCCUAAAAGGACCUGUGGCGGGUCAAUACGCCCAAGUAAGACUCCAGGAAUGCUACACCGCGGGUGUGUGGCCUACCUGGGACGAUCUCAAGAAAGAGAUUGAAAAAUAUUUCAAACCGCAAGCUGAGCGAGACUGGGCGCGUCAGCAAAUCCGUUCCUUCAAACAAGGAAACAUGAGGACGGAUGAUUAUGUCACCCGGUUCCUGGCCCUCUCCAUCCAAGGAGGGUUAGGUAACGAACACGCAGUAGAACUGCUGGAACGCAAUGUGAACCCUCGCAUUGCAGAGCAGAUCUACCUGCAGGAUACAAGAAGUGACGACCUGGCUCUAGCAGCCGAGGAAGUCCGACGAGUCGGUAGGGCCAUGGAGCUCUACGCUAUGCACCAAGGUGGCGGGUCCACCAAACAAACCACCACACCCCAGAGGCGCCCUGGGUCAUCAAACCAACAUCAUAAUCACUCUCACGGGUUCAAGCCGUUCGGGCUGCAGCCAGGACAGGGUGCUCCUAUGGAUAUCGGCGCGGUCCAAGGCGGACAAAUGCGCAGAUUCAAGGGCAACUGGCGACAAGCGCGCCAACUAGAAAUCGAAAAGCCGGACAAUCGGCUCAACUCUUUGGCCGGUCGUUCUUACGACGAAAUCCGGGCCUUCUUCUAUGACCAACAGGUCAACAAAAUGAAGGCUCAGGGAAAAGAAUUCGGGGCUUAG